AUGUUCAGCAGCGCCAAAGGGACUGCCUGUGACAUGGACGCCAUAAGCCCCAUGAGGCGGAGACACUGCCGCCAUGUGACUCUGGCCCCCAGUCUGAACUGCGAGAGACAACUCUUGAAGGACAUCAGUCUCGCCUGUGAUAGUGGUAGAAAUCUCCAACAGGAGUACUGCCCUGUGUUCGGAAUGCACCUGAGUGACCACCAAAGGGGACACUGA